ACAGAUCCAGGAUCCUUAAGACUUUAUUACCUUGAAUCAAGGAUUUAUUUGAUAUUCUCUUCAGUCUUUACUUCAUACCAAGUACAUUUUUUAAAAUAAGAAUAUUUGCCAUAAGGGUGUCUUUAAAAGUAGUAUUUCUCAGACUCUCCAAUGCCUAAGAACAGCAAGGUGGUGAAAAGAGAAUUGGAUGAUGAGGUUAUUGAGUCUGUCAAAGAUCUUCUUUCCAAUGAAGACUCACCUGAGGAUGCUUUUAAGAAGAGCGAAUUAAUUGUUGAUGUCCGAGAAGAGAAAGAUACCGAUGUUGAGGAAGAAUCUGAAGUUGAAGAUGAGAGACCAGCUUGGAACAGUAAGCUACAAUACAUCCUGGCCCAAGUUGGAUUUUCUGUAGGUUUAGGGAAUGUGUGGCGAUUCCCAUACCUGUGUCAGAAGAAUGGGGGAGGUGCGUAUCUUUUACCAUAUUUAAUACUACUUCUGGUAAUAGGCAUUCCCCUUUUUUUCCUGGAACUUUCUGUGGGGCAAAGAAUUCGGCGAGGCAGCAUUGGUGUGUGGAAUUACAUAAGCCCUAAACUCGGUGGGAUUGGAUUUGCAAGUUGUGUGGUGUGCUAUUUUGUGGCUCUCUACUACAACGUCAUCAUUGGCUGGACUUUGUUUUACUUUUCUCAGUCUUUUCAGCAGCCUCUUCCUUGGGAUCAAUGUCCUUUGGUGAAAAAUGCUUCUCAUGCUUUUAUAGAACCAGAAUGUGAAAAGAGUUCGGCCACAACCUAUUACUGGUACAGAGAAGCACUGAACAUUUCCAGUUCGAUAUCUGAAAGUGGGGGCCUAAACUGGAAGAUGACUGUCUGCUUGCUAGCUGCCUGGGUCAUGGUUUGCUUAGCUAUGAUCAAAGGCAUUCAAUCUUCUGGAAAAAUCAUGUAUUUCAGUUCUCUGUUCCCAUAUGUGGUACUUAUUUGCUUCCUAAUCAGAGCACUUCUUUUAAAUGGUUCUGUUGAUGGCAUCCGCCACAUGUUCACCCCUAAGCUUGAAAUAAUGCUGGAGCCCAAGGUGUGGAGAGAAGCUGCUACCCAGGUGUUCUUUGCCUUAGGUCUGGGAUUUGGUGGUGUUAUUGCCUUCUCAAGCUACAACAAGAGGGACAACAACUGCCAUUUUGAUGCUGUGCUGGUGUCUUUCAUCAAUUUUUUCACUUCUGUCCUGGCGACAUUGGUGGUGUUUGCAGUUCUGGGCUUCAAAGCAAAUGUCGUAAAUGAAAAAUGCAUUGCACAAAAUUCAGAGAUGGUUAUAAAAUUUUUGAAAACUGGAAACAUUAGUCAAGAUAUUAUUCCCCAUCACAUUAACCUUUCAGCUGUUACUGCAGAAGAUUAUCGUUUAGUGUAUGACAUCAUUCAAAAAGUGAAAGAAGAAGAGUUUCCUGUCCUUCAUCUCAACUCCUGUCAAAUUGAAGAUGAGUUAAAUAAAGCCGUUCAGGGCACGGGUUUGGCUUUCAUCGCCUUUACAGAAGCAAUGACGCAUUUCCCUGCAUCUCCCUUCUGGUCAGUGAUGUUUUUCCUCAUGCUGGUAAAUCUAGGGCUUGGCAGCAUGUUUGGAACCAUUGAAGGGAUCAUCACGCCUAUUGUGGACACUUUCAAAGUGAGGAAGGAAAUUCUUACUGUUAUCUGCUGCCUUCUGGCAUUUUGUAUUGGUCUGAUAUUUGUGCAGCGCUCUGGAAAUUACUUCGUUACAAUGUUUGAUGAUUAUUCUGCUACAUUGCCUCUGCUAAUUUUAGUCAUUUUGGAGAAUAUUGCUGUAAGCUUUGUUUAUGGAAUAGAUAAGUUUAUGGAAGAUCUAAAAGAUAUGCUGGGUUUUGCUCCAAGCAGAUAUUACUAUUAUAUGUGGAAAUAUAUUUCUCCUCUAGUACUAUCAUCAUUGCUAAUAGCUAGCAUAGUGAACAUGGGAUUAAGUCCUCCUGGCUACAGUGCAUGGAUUGAAGAUAAGGCGUCUGAAGAAUUCCUGAGCUAUCCACCAUGGGGAAUGGUUGUCUGCAUCUCUCUGAUGGUCAUUGCAAUUCUUCCUGUCCCGAUAGUCUUCAUUGUUCGUCUUUGCAACCUCAUAGACGAUAGUUCUGGCAACUUAGCUUCAGUGACCUAUAAAAGAGGAAGGGUCCUGAAAGAGCCUGUAAACUUAGAGGGAGAUGAUGCAAGCCUCAUUCAUGGGAAGAUACCAAGUGAAAUGUCAUCUCCAAAUUUUGGUAAAAAUAUUUAUCGAAAACAGAGUGGCUCACCAACUCUGGAUACUGCUCCUAAUGGACGUUAUGGAAUAGGGUAUUUGAUGGCAGAUAUGCCAGAUAUGCCAGAGUCUGACUUGUAGUUGGGGGGAAAUCAGAGCAUUAUAUUUGGUUCAUUGUUAUCAAUGAACAUUGGCUCUACUAUGUGAAGCACUGGGCUUCACUGAUCAGACGGCAAUCUCAGGUGUUCUAUGGCUCACAUCUUAACUCCUAACAGUGUAUGUCAGUUCAACCACAGCAUUCCUUUGGAUUCUUUGGUUUACAUUUGUGCACAAAGGAUUACAACAAAGCUCACAAUGACUGAGGCCCAUGUUUGUCAGGAUUUUUUAAAGUACUUUUGGUGUAUUUUCAAGUAUUUCUAUCUCUAAAAAAAAAGCAGGUGUUACCUCAGUUUGUAAUAAUUUCUGGAUUUAAUGGUAUUGGGAAUUUAAAAAAUGAUGUACCUUAAAUUUACAAGUUAACCUUGAGGGUAACUAUCAGUAUUACAAUGAGCAGUUAUAUGAGUCAGUGCCUCUAGCACAUUUCCAUGAAUAUAUUGUGUAGAUAGCUGUACUUACUUUGGUAACAUUGAUACCUUCUUAGGCACUUAGUUGAAGAAAAUUGCAAAAUAUUUUCUUACAUAAUCCUUGUAUAGAACAAUACUAUUGAAGAAAAAGAAGGCACUAAUGUGGGGAUGAAAGUUUAGAUUCAGAGGUGACUGAGGACCAUGUGAGUGAUGGCUGUAUAUUCAGUGUGAAAUAGAUGUAUGAAAAUUAUGUAAGAGUCUAAGAGUGAGUCACUCAGCACUCUCAAGAAUUAUGCAGAUUCUGCAUUUUUCUUAUGCCCUGUGCCUAAAAAAUCUUCUUGAUAUUUAUUGUGGUUUCAAGAUUACUCAUAGUAUAUUUAUACUGUGUAUUUGCAAUGUAUAUAGAUGUACAUUAGUACUCUAAGUACUGAUUUGAAAACCCGAAGCAAGAUGGCAUAUUAUUUCAUAUAUUUGUUUUGCUUCUGUUUUUUGCAAAUAUAAAUCCUUUUUUAAGUGAUUGUUAAAAUUGUAUGGCAUUACAUUUUAAUUUACAAAUAAACAAAGUUUAAAAA